UUCAAUUUCUCUAACUCUGCUUAUUGCAAUUUAAUUACUUUCGGUUGGCUGUUGUUACAUACGCACAAAAAGCUUUUAGCUUUUAGCGAAUUGUUGUUAUGAAUAGAAUAAAUCCUCAUAGCUUCUAGCGUCUUGAGCUAUUCAAUUUGCUUUUCAAUUUUGGUUAGAACGUUUCAUCUAUUGUUUGUGUACGCUCAUAAUGCUGUAAGAAAUUUUUAUAAAAAUGACAGAAGAUGAUAAAGUGGGAACCCUCGUUGACGAAGCUUUAAAACGCAAAGAAAGGCUACAAAAUUUAAAGAGAAAAAAUGAAGACAAUAUUCAGGAUAAGAGUAACGUUAUUCAAUUACCAACACCAAAAUUCAGAAGCUAUAAACCUCAAGAUGAUGCUUUAAAGGAAAAAGCUUUAGAAGAUGGCAAGGCUGGUAAUAUAGAAGCCGAAGUACAAGACCAGUUGCAAGCAGCAAUGGCCAAGCCAGUUAUCGAUGAAUUGGAUAUCAGUAAUCUUGCUCCUCGAAAGCCUGAUUGGGAUCUCAAACGAGAUGUUGCAAAAAAACUUGAAAAACUUGAGAGAAGAACCCAAAAGUCUAUUGCCGAGCUGAUAAUUAGUAGAUUAAAAAAAGAAAAAGAUCUGGCAACAAUCGUUAAUGUUGGAAGCAACUACAUGUCUAAAAAUUAAUGUAAAUACUAGGGAACGUAUAAAUAUAAAUAUUAAUUGUAACUUUUACAACUUCAGUUUUUACCGUCAUAGAUUAAAUAUAUCUGUAUGCUAAU